GCACAUUGAUGACGUGUCUUAUUGAGGCGCGUUAGCUGGUGGAGAUCAGCGAGUUUGCUUUCCCACACCAAACUUCACAGAGAAAAUCAGUGAUUUCAGCUGGCGGCGACACAGGAGCUGCUGGUCUACUGCUGCCUCGUGUCCAGGGGGACACUGUGGACAUGUUUUCAGUGUGGACAUGAAGUUGGAUGACCUGGAGCUGGAGCCAAGGAUCACAGCAGCCGUGAGGAGAGGUCAGAGGUUUUCGUCUGUCAGCGAGGUUUUUGGUGUUUCUGUCUUGGACCUGCAGAGAUUCACAGGUUUGUCCCGCGCUGACGUCCAGCAGCUGACUGCUGCUGCCGCCGCCAGCUGUAGACGACGCCCCCCAGUCCCAGCUUUGCUCCUCCAUCGCGGCGAGUGUGGUGGGUUGGCAUCGGGCCUCAGACUCGCUGUGGGUUGUCCUGUACUAGACGAGCUGCUAAGAGGGGGUCUGCCUGUGGGGGGCGUCACUGAGCUGUCUGGAGAGAGUGGAGCAGGAAAGACUCAGCUGGCUCUGCAGCUCUGUCUGUGUGUACAGUUUCCCACCCAGCACGGAGGACUGAACUCAGGAGCCGUUUACAUCUGUACUGAGGACACGUUUCCCAUGAGACGUCUACGUCAGCUGAUCACAGAACAGCCCCGCCUCCGCACCGACGUCCCUCCCUCGCUGAUCAGCAGCCUUUGCUUCACUGACCACAUCUACAUCGAGCACGCCGCCGACCUGGACUCUCUGAGUGUGUGUCUGUCUCGCCGUGUCCCCCUGCUGUUGGCUCGCGGUCUGGUCCGACUCGUGGUCGUAGAUUCGGUGGCGGCUCUGUUCAGGGCGGAGUUUCAGGCUGAUGAUUGGCUGCAGAGGAACAAACAGCUGCUCGCCCUCGCUGCCACACUGCAACACCUGAGCGACGAGUUCAACACACCUGUGCUGUGCAUCAACCAGGUCACAGAUGUUUUUAACUCGUCAGACAGACUGAGUCCUGUGAUGUCACAGGUGUCACCUGCUCUGGGUUUGGCGUGGGCCAAUCAGCUGAUGGUCCGGCUGAUGUUGCUGCGGCUCCAGGGCGUGGUUGCCCAGGGCGACCAGAGAAGCGCCCUCCGGAGGUUAGAGGUGGUGUUUGCCCCUCACCUGGACAAAGACGGACGAGAUGCCGCCGUGUGGAGGGAGGGAGUGAGAGGAGUGUGUGUGUGUGAACAAAGGACAUCAUGUCAAUAAACAGGAAGUGGACAAAAGUACAUGGACAACUUCACUGAGCUGAACACACACAUACAUACAUGUUUACAAGUCAAACAGGGACCUGAGCCUUGAGCGACGUCUACCUAUCAAACAGGGACCUGAGCCUUGAGCGACGUCUACCUUUCAAACAGGGACCUGAGCCUUGAGCGACGUUUACCUAUCAAACAGGGACCUGAGCCUUGAGUGACGUCUACCUAUCAAACAGGGACCUGAGCCUUGAGCGACGUUUACCUAUCAAACAGGGACCUGAGCCUUGAGCGACGUUUACCUAUCAAACAGGGACCUGAAAGUGUCUGCAGCCAUUCUCACCUACUGUGUGAAGCCGUAGAAAUGAUCAUUUAACUUUAACAUUUAAGUUUUUCUCUGAGAUACAAAUAUUAAAUGAUCAUGGCCACCGGAAAGAAUAAAACAAUGUUUAUUUUCAAAUUAGAAGUAACUUGGCUGCAUGCACUAAUCAUUAGCAGCAACAUUGACUUAAGAAAAACAUUUUAAGACUUGAUUCAAAUGUAAUGGGCUGUUGGUACAAGAUAUAAGUCAUAUAUGUCUUUUUCUGUACUAUAGGAGUGUGAAUGUCGCUCCUCACCAUUUAACAGGGGAGUCGUGUCCACCUUUAAACUGUGCAUAACAGGAAGCUGCAUCUCCAACACGCACACAUGCACAUAUUCUUUCAAAAUAAAGGUAUAAGAACAGAAUAUUUGCACUAAAACAAAA